UACCUAGAUCUCAAGGCUUUUGAGAGGAGACUUACUGAAUAUAUCCAUUGCUUGCAACCUGCCACUGGACGUUGGAGAAUGCUUCUUAUAGUGGUAUCUGUCUGUACAGCUACUGGUGCCUGGAACUGGUUAAUAGAUCCUGAGACACAAAAGGUGUCCUUCUUCACAUCGUUGUGGAAUCACCCUUUCUUCACCAUUAGCUGCAUCACUCUCAUAGGCUUAUUCUUUGCUGGAAUACACAAGAGAGUUGUUGCACCAUCAAUUAUAGCUGCUCGAUGUCGAACAGUAUUAGCAGAGUACAAUAUGUCUUGUGAUGAUACAGGAAAACUGAUUUUGAAACCUAGGCCUCAUGUUCAAUGACAGUCUGCACUCAUUCUGUGGGCCCUAAAACAGCCUCUUUUCAAAUAAGUGAUACAGCAAAAGCCAUAAAGGGUUCCUUCGGCGACUGGCUGUGUGAAGGUCACAGCAACGAUUGACGAGAAGUGUGCAAUAUUACCCAGACGGUCUGGAGGACGACUCACGUUAUCAGUGCUUUGGUACCUCUGAUCACCUGUGUUUCAGUGUUAGUGUCACUUUAGUACUUCAGAUCCUGCAAAGGUCUUUGCAGAUGAAGUAUGUUUGUAUGUAUGUUACUAAGUUAAACUUAGAAACAAAACCUCAUUCAGUUUUUAUAAUGUAUUUUUGCAAACUACUGUAAAUAACAAAUCAAUGCCAAUGUUAAACAAAGAGAAACGUCAUGUGGAUGUGGUUCUGCGCCAGUGUUUCAGGAACAUCUGCCUGCCACCCCCAGUUCUUAGGAUGGCUGUUACGUGUGCCUUUCAUUCCUACACCUCUCUCUCAUCAUACUGCAGGAAAAACAUCGAACUCUGCUUAGGAAGACUCAUCUUCAUUACAUUGUAAGAAAUGAGAGAUGUUUUCAGAAACACUUUUUGUUAAACCACAUAUGGAACUCAUCAACUAUUGUGGUUCUAUUUUUCAGUUCAUUAUUUUCAUUUAAUGUUAAAUAUUUUUUAAAAUAAUUUUUGAAAUACCCCAAAGGCUUGUGAAUGUACAAGUUUACUUAUAAAUUAUGUAUUAUCUGGGAAUUUGAUAGUCAUUGUGUUAGAUAACUGUAUUUUAUGCUGUGGAAGGCAUGCUGGUACACCAGUAUUCACAUGGGUGUAAUUGAUCAUCCUACGCCACCCCCAAGACAACAUGGGAGCGGUGCCACAAACUCGAGUCUGCGAUUCUCACUGUUUAGAGUGUUAAUGACAUACUGUGUAUGCAUAAUAGCCACGUGUACUAUAAUAGCCCUUAAAAUUAAACGAUUGGGAUUGCUGUAAAUAUUUUAAAGUACUGAAGGUGCCUUUUACCUGUUUAUUAGAAGAUUUUGAAAAGGUUUAAAUUAUUUCAUGAACAAUCUUAAAUUUCAUUUAACAUAAAGUUGAAAAUUCAGUAACAGGAUAACUUUUUAAUAAGGCUGUCAUUUAACUUAAAUGUGUUCAUCUUAGCUUUCACAUGUAUAAAAUUUUAUUCUUUGAACUGCAGCAAUAAAACCCUCUGCUCCUAAGAAGUCUUAAGAGGGUCUUCUAUACAUUCUGCUUUUAUUUUCUGUAAAUUUUGUAGGUAAAUAUGUGCAUAAAAAUAAAUACUUUAUAUAUAAAUAGUGA